CCUCUUCCUACUGCCCGCUCCCCACUCACUGUUUGAAAGCAAAGACGUCUCUCUCCGAGUUCCUUUCGCCGGGCGGACUCAGAACCCUAACCCUGUACCCCGAAGAAACCCUAGAAUAAAGAGAGGAAAAACCCUAGCUUUUCCCAGGACCCUCUCUUUGCUUCUCCUCUCGCUCCAUUUCUGGGCCCUGGAAUCCCUUUUCCGGCCUGGAACUGGACCCGAGUGGAAACCCCCGCCUCUCCGAUCGAUGGAAGUGGACUCCUCUCCCUCCGAAUCGUCUCUGAAGCACAAGGCGGACUCCCUCCAGGCGCUGGUCUCGGGCCCCCUCGCCGCCUCCGCCGCUCGCCUCUCCGGCCGCUCCCGCGGCAUCCCCUCCGGUAAAGACUUCCAUUUCUACAACAACUUCGACGAGUUCAAGGCCCCCGCGAGGGAGAUCGCGGUGAAAUCCGUGUCCUCUCUGACGGGCGUUGCCGCCUCGGGCCCUCUCUGGGGGAGCAAGAAGCCGCCGCCGUUCCCCGACGAUCUCGACGAGGCCUUCGACUGGAUUGUCAACCUCAACGACGAUUUUCUUGAGCGGUUCGGUACCUCGAUGGAUGAAUUCAAGAGCUUGAGGGAGAAAGAGGAGGAGAACGGUGGGAACAUUAGCUCGAUGGACUUGGACGGUGGGUUUCAGAUGGUUUAUGGGAAGAAGAAGAAGGGGAGCAUGCGGGAAUCGGGGAAAGAUGAGGGAGGUUUGACUUCGAGCUCGCUGGCUGGGGUUAAGUUGUCAUCGAGAGACAAGAAGACGACUGCGCGGCGCUCGAGGGUGCCCUUUCAUAUACCAUCCAUUCCCAGGCCACAAGAUCAGUACCAUAUACGGGUAAACAACAAGAACCAGCCAUUUGAGCAUGUUUGGUUGGAGAGGAGCGAGGAUGGGAGCCGGUUCAUCCAUCCACUGGAGAAGCUAUCUGUGUUGGAUUUUAUUGAUAGAAAUGUUGGGGAAGGUGAGCUAGUUAAACCCCUGCCCAUAGAGAGCACGCCUUUUAAGCUUGUGGAUGGGGUGAACGAGUUAAAGGAGCUAGCUGCCAAGUUGCGGGGUGUAAAUGAAUUUGCGGUUGAUUUGGAGCACAACCAAUAUAGGUCAUUUCAAGGACUGACUUGUUUGAUGCAAAUUUCUACAAGAACGGAGGAUUUUGUAUUAGACACCCUCAAAUUGCGUAUUCAUGUUGGUCCAUACCUAAGAGAAAUUUUUAAAGACCCCUCAAAGAGGAAGGUCAUGCAUGGGGCAGACCGUGACAUAUUGUGGCUUCAGCGGGACUUUGGCAUAUAUGUGUGCAACCUUUUUGAUACUGGGCAGGCAUCAAGAGUUUUGCAAUUGGAGAGAAAUAGUCUGGAGUACCUUCUGCAUUAUUUUUGUGGAGUUAAUGCAAAUAAAGAAUAUCAGCAUGCAGAUUGGAGAUUGCGCCCACUGCCUGAUGAAAUGCUCAAGUAUGCCAGAGAAGAUACACACUAUCUCCUACAUAUAUAUGAUUUAAUGACAAAUAGGUUGAUAUCAGCAUCUACAGAUGAAAAUGAUCUUCUUUUGGAGGUCUACAAGCGCAGCAAUGUAAUUUGCAUGCAGCUGUAUGAAAAAGAACUCUUGACUGAUGCAUCAUAUCUCCAUAUAUAUGGGUUACAGGAAGCUGAUUUGAACUCAAAGCAACUUGCUGUUGUUGCUGGGCUGUGUCAAUGGAGAGAUCAUAUUGCUCGUGAAGAGGAUGAGAGCACUGGCUAUAUAUUGCCAAACAAAGCUCUACUUGAGAUUGCAAGAGAGAUGCCCACAACUCCUGGAAAAUUACACCAGUUGGUGAAAUUUAAGCAUCCAUUUGUCGAGCGCUAUCUUAGCUCUGUCAUUAGCGUUAUUAGGAGUUCGGUUGCAAAUUCUACUGCUUUCGAGAGCAUAGCUGCACAACUGAAGGGGGAGCGGCUGGAAGCUUCACCCAUGCAGGAUAUGGAAGCAGCCAGCUACAAUCCUGACUUGGUCACUGCUGCUGCGUAUCAAAUGACAUCUGCAGUUGGUGAAGAUCGUACUGAUGGAACAAGGAAGACUGAUACCAUGCAGAGUGCUGAAUUAUCUGCAGGUUCCACAGCUACCAUGGAUGAUUUUGCCAAACCUGCAGAUACUGGACAUUUCAGUAGUCCCAUUUCUGCAGUGAGCAAAUGUCAGCAAGAAGAGAAAUCGGAGAAUAUGCAAUUAUCAGAAAUUGGGUGUUCACUCAAGCUAUCUGACCCAGCUGGAACAAUGCAGAGCAUGGACAGUGGAAACACCAACCCUGUACAACCUUCUAGGAAAGCUAGCAUUGUUUCAGCCCAAAUAUUGAAAAAGCCAACUUGUGCUUUGGGAGCAUUGUUUGGAAAUUCGUCUUCUAGGAGGAAGUUCAAUGCUGAUAAAGGGGGAAGCGUUGAACAGGUCAAGAAUAAAGUAGAGCAGAUAAAAUCAACAGUAUCCCUUCCAUUCCAUUAUUUUUCUGGAGAUCCUGAAGUGUGUCCUGAGGUGAAGCUCAACCAUCCACAGGUGGAAAAUCAGCAGCACCGUGCUGGUAACAUUACCGAGACAGUGAAAUUGGAAGAGGUCAUACACUUGGAUGAGCCACACAAUUCAGAGUCUACUGCAGAGAGCCCAAAGGCUGAUGAUAGUAUGAAACAUGGGAAAUGGUUGCCGCCUCCACCGGAAAAUUGUAGUGAUGGAGGUUUACAUGCAGAAUGUGAUAUUGCAGAGGAGCUGCUGUCAACAUCAGAUCUUGCCUCCAGUUUUGAGAAAUGCUUUCAGUCAAUCAGUGAGAGGAGCUCUCAUCAGAACCAAAAGCCAUCUCAAGAGCCGGAGGUUAAUUAUCAGUUGAAGCCAUUUGACUAUGCCGCUGCUAGGAAAAAUAUAAAGUUCGGAGAUGUCGAAGAAAAGGAUAGAGCCAAAGGUAAUGAUGGCCUUCGAACUUUACCAGAUUCCAGAGAGAUGCAUAAAGGCCCUGUGUUUGGUCAGUCUGGUGGUAAAGAAAGACUGAAGGGCUUUCAACAAUCUCGGCGGCGCCAGGCUUUUCCACCUUCAGGCAACAGAAGCACAACCUAUAAUUAGCAUUGUCAAUGUAAUACAUGUUAUCUUUAAAGUGCUGCUUCCAUUCAAGUCUCAAAAAAGGGGUGCUAUAUGUAGGUGUUGGAAAGAAAAAAAAAAGAAUAAAGGAAUAUAAGUGGCGCCCUUUUGGAACAUUUUUCUUGCAAUCCAAGUAUAUCUGUGAAUUUUGGCCAAUCUAGUAAUGCAAUAGGGUAAAACAGAAGCUGUCCGAAUGGGGAAUGAUGAA